AUGGAUCCUCUAACCAUCAGUACCAGUGCCGUAGCACUCAUCACAGUUUGCAUUCAAAUAGUGCAGGUCAUCAAAAAGACCGUCGAGACGAUGAAGACGGCGAAAUCGGAACUGAUGAAUAUCCUCAAUGAAACCAUCAAAAUGCGACUGCUCCUGGAGCAACUCCGGGGGCUGACGCAUCAGUUGGGCAGUCAAAACAACACGAUACUACUCGCGUUUGAUGAAACCGGGUGCAAAUAUGUCCUCAAUGAGCUCGAAAGCCUCGUGAACAAACUCGCUCAGGCCGACAAGUUUCUGGGCUUCCAGUUCUGGGUGCGACGGAGCAAGCUUGACACACUGGUAGCCGGCCUCAGGGUGCAGGAAGACGGGAUUCGCACGGUGCUUCUGUCUGUUACGACUGAAACAGCUCUAUUUACUAGGGAAGACGUGAAACACCUGAUCGCUGCAGCCAAUGUACAAGCCAUCGCGAUAUCCUCUAUUGCGCAUGGCGGCGUUGACACUGCCAACGACCUUCCUCCCCCUUUCUCUGAACAGGCGGAGCUACCGAUUCGCCCCGCCGAACCCAUCCAAAAAGCUGGAGCGACCGUGGAUAGAUUACCGACGGCCUACCCUGGCUCAGUAAAGGUGGAGGUGACACCAGAAUCCCAAACUCAAGCUCACACCCAAGAUACUGAUGACCUGAUCUCGCUUGUCGAAACCGAGCCGCCGCCGACCGCUACGACGGGCUAUCCCGCAGGAGUCGGCACCAACGCAAAGCUCUUGUCAACGCUGGAGAAGGAGAAUUCGACAAUGUGGCUUCCCAUUUCGAAAUUGACUCCGUUGCAAACCAAAAUAAAAAUUGAUACUCCCCUCAAUACGGCGGCGAUUUCGAAAAUCCUCUCCCGGUCGCCAAUAUGGCAUGGUCAACUUUCGCGAGACCUAUACGAUCAGCAGUACCUUCGGAUGCGGGAUCGACUGGCAGAUGCAGCCUACUGGGGCAACUGGGCCAAAGUUGAAGCAACGAUUGAUGAGGCUCAUGCGCACGGCCUGAGGUCAUGGCCGAACUGUUACCGACUUGGGCGCCUCCCAAGUCCAUCAGGCUGGACGCCGUUGCAUCAAGCAGCCUUCCUCAGCGCUCCGGAACAUGUAGUCCGGAAACUGGUCGAUCAAGGCGCCUCACUGACCUUACAGACUCUGUGGGCCUCAUCAGCAGAACUCCCAUUUAGGAACAUGACGGCUCUAGAGAUGGCACGGUUCCUAGGGUUUAAGCACCUCUUCGACGUACUCUCACCUGUCCUCCACCAUCUGGUUCCACAUACAACGUUGGACAAGUUGCAACAACAUUUUCACCGCUUGAUCCAAGUCGACCUUGCUGGUCGACCAGAAGCUGCUCAUCUCCGGCUGCCCGCUCUGGAGUUGCUCACGGAGCUAAGAAAUCCGGAAAUGUACUUCGCGCUGAAGUCUCCCAAAAUUGCCAUGGUAAUCACACCCUCCCUCCUGUGCAAGUGA